AAAUAACAAAAAAAAAAAAACGAUCGGCGAAAGAUUCCCCAUCUUUUUUUUUUUGGUAAGGAAGAUUCCCCAUCUUUCGUUUCAUGCGCGCGGCUUUUGAGCCUAUGUAUAUGUGUGUGUACUUUCAACGUAUUAUAUAUGCAUGUGCAAGAAACAUAUUGCCUACCAGUUAUAAAAACAGAGAGAGACCAUAUGGGAAAUUGCUUGUUCGGAGGGUUAGGCGACGAAGGAGAGGUGAUUAAAAUAAUAAAAUCCGACGGUGGAGUUCUCGAGUUCUGCGUUCCCGUCACCGCCGGCAACAUCACCGACGAGUUCCCCGGCCACUCCAUUUUCCCUGCCAAUAAUGAGCAUAUUCUCUAUCAACCCUUUUCUCACGACCAUAACCUCGUCCCUGGUCAGUCCUACUAUCUCUUGCCAGCAGCUGAUGAUCAUUCGGACAAGAUGACUGUCGGGGGGAGCAGCCACGUCAGAUCCAACAGCGAGACCUUGCCGGCGAUUACUCCCUACAGAAUGUCAUUGGACUAUAAUAACAAGAACCAGAGGGCGUUGAAGAGAUGUUACACGGAAGUGUUGUCAAGGAACUAUUACAGAGCCCAAAAGCAGAGGAAGUGGAGUGGGAGAAGUGGAGUGUGGAAAGUGAAGCUGGCCAUCAGCCCACAGCAGCUUUUGAACAUUCUCUCUCACGACGGGACAACUCUUGACCUCAUGGAGAGCAUCAGAGCCGUUGCGAACUGCGGAAACGCAGCCCCUUCGUCCUCUUCCUGCUCGUCUUCUUCUGUGGCCUUCUCCGAUCAGUGGAGUCUAUCCAGCAGCAGAAAUGCUUCCUCUAAGAAUGAUUUUGAUCCCAAGACACUUCAUGAUGAGGACAAAUAUUAGUCGGUACGGUUCCUUUUAUUCACAUCAGCCAUAUGCUGUCCUUUUUAAAAGCUGUAUAAUCAUAGGGCGCAUCAACUCCAUAUCUCUAACAUAAUAUAUCGUGUUUUGCUCGUUCAAGCCCAAAUAAGAGGGCUCUUGUUUCCCAAGCAAGAGUAGUGGGUCCUUAAUAUCUUGUUCCAGCGCGCGGGAGAAAAAGGCACAACAAAAAUCAACCACUAGAAAUUCUCUAAUCAUAAUAGCAAUGCGUUGUGCUUCCACCAAUUAUCAAACGUAAGGCAAGGCUUGAGUAUACUAAAACGUUAUGCGCAACCAGCAGUAAU